AUUUCACUUCCUGUAAGAAUUCACAACAGAGCCGAGAAGCUAGUUAAUUUUAGCAGCUUUUUUUUAUCAACAAACGUGAAUGUAGCAUAAAUACUUACAAACAACAAUGAUUCCUUACACCGUCAACAUCAAACUCGCGGCUCGAACGUUGACUGGCACUCUCAAUUUGCAGAAUAAAACCGCGGUGGACUGGGGUUGGCAGGGGCUGAUAGCUCAGGGAUGUCACUCAAGUAUUCUCAUCAUUGAUCCGAAAACAGCUCAGACCAUCCAGGUUCUGGAAAGGCACAAAGCCAACGUGGUCAAGGUGAAAUGGUCUAGAGAAAACUACUAUCACAACUUGAGCUCACCGUACUGUCUGCGGCUUGCUUCUGGAGAUGCCUCAGGGAAGAUAAUAGUGUGGGAUGUGGUCAGUGGUACUGCCCAUUGUGAGAUCCAGGAGCACUCCAAACCUAUCCAAGAUUUGGAAUGGCUGUGGAAUCAGGAUGCGUCUCGUGAUCUGCUGUUGGCCGUUCACCCUCCCAACUACAUUGUCCUGUGGAAUGGAGACACUGGAACAAAGCUGUGGAAGAAGAGCUAUGCUGAAAACAUCCUCUCCUUUUCUUUUGACCCAUUUGACCCAUCCAACAUGGCAUUGUUGACCAGUGAAGGAAUAGUCUUCAUCACAGACUUUUCCUUCUCCAAACCCCCGGGCAGCACUGGCAAAAAGGUCUACAUUGCCAGCCCCCAUGCGAGCCCUGCCCACACCAAACCUGCUCCUGCCACUGCCCCAGUUCCCACUGGUGCCAAGAAGGCCCUCAACAAGGUCAAAGUACUCAUCACCAAUGAAAAGCCCACUGCAGAAGCGGUGACACUGAAUGACUGUCUGCAGCUGUCGUACCUGCCCUCUAAGAGGAACCACAUGCUGCUGCUCUAUCCCAGAGAGAUCCUCAUCCUGGACCUGGAGCUCAGCCAGACAGUGGGUGUGGUGGCCAUUGAGCGCUCUGGGGUCCCUUUCAUUCAGGUUAUUCCUUGUGCUCAGCGGGAUGCUCUCUACUGUCUCCAUGAGAAUGGUUGUAUCACCCUCAGAGUUUGUCGCUCCACUACCACCACAGAGGAGGCAGCAGACCCAGAACAGAGUGUACAGGAGCUUGUGUAUGACCUUCGCUCUCAGUGCGAUGCAAUCCGAGUCACCAAGACAGUCCGGCCUUACCGAAUGGUUAUCUGCCCUGUCAAUGAAAACAGCGCUGGGCUGAUGGUCAGCGACGGCAGAGUCAUGAUGUGGGAGCUCAAAGCCCACACUGGCAAAGCUGCUGCCAAUCCUAGUGCGGGUCUAUCACCACUCUACUCUCCUGUGUCAUUCUGUGGAGCUCCACUGGGUCCAAACCAAAAAAGUAUUCAGGAUCUCUCUCUCAACAGCAUGAUCGGCCAGACCAUGAUAGCUGGAGAGGCUUUUCCUCCAUCAUUCAACCAGCAAGAGGUCCAGUUGAAGUUCCUUCUGACUGGCCUGCUGUCUGGUCUGCCGCUGCCACCAUUUGCCAUUCGUAUGUGCCCACCACUUACUACCAAAAACAUCAACCACUACCAACCACUUCUGGCUGUAGGCACCAGUAAUGGGUCUGUACUGGUCUAUAACCUGACCAGUGGUCUCCUCCACAAGGAACUCAGCGUUCACUCUUGUGAAGUCAGGGGGAUUGAAUGGGUGAGUCUCACCAGUUUCCUGUCCUUUGCGACUUCUGCCCCCAAUAACAUGGGCCUGGUACGAAAUGAACUGCAGCAUGUCGACCUGCCCACUGGCAGAUGCUUUGCAUUCAGAGGCGAGAGAGGAAACGACGAGCCACCCAUUGAGAUGAUUAAAGUGUCCCAUCUCAAACAGUAUUUGGUGGUGGUCUUCAGAGACAAACCCCUGGAGCUAUGGGACAUCAGGACAGGGACACUUCUCCGGGAAAUGGCGAAGAACUUCCCCACUGUUACUGCACUGGAGUGGUCUCCGUCGCACAACCUGAAGAGCCUAAAGAAAAAGCAAAUGGCAGCAAGGGAGGCCAUGGCUCGGCAGACUGUGUCAGAUGCUGAGCAGUGCAGUGUUGAAUCCUCAGUCAUCAGUCUCCUACAGGAUGCCGAGAGCAAGUCAGAGACCAGCCAAGCCAUCUCAGCCAGGGAGCAUUUUGUAUUCACUGACACAGACGGACAAGUCUACCACAUCACUGUAGAGGGCAACACAGUCAAGGAUGGUGCUCGAAUUCCCCCUGAUGGAAGUAUGGGCAGUAUUGCCUGCAUCGCCUGGAAAGGUGACACCCUGGUGCUCGGAGAUGUGGAUGGCAAUCUCAACUUCUGGGACCUCAAGGCUCGUUUGUCCAGGGGAAUACCGACACAUCGUGGCUGGGUGAAGAAGAUUCGCUUUGCACCAGGGAAGGGUAACCAAAAGCUGCUGGUGAUGUACACAGAUGGAGCAGAGGUCUGGGACACCAAAGAGGUCCAAAUGGUCAGCAGCACACGAGUUGGUCGCAACGUGAACUACCGUAUCCUUGACAUUGACUGGUGCACAUCAGACAAAGUCGUUCUGGCCUCUGACGAUGGCUGUAUUCGUGUGCUGGAGAUGGCCAUGAAGUCUGCCAGCUACCGUAUGGAUGAACAAGACCUUACUGAUCCAGUGUGGUGUCCCUACCUGCUAGUGCCCAGAGCUGCUCUAACCCUCAAGGCAUUCCUGCUUCUGCAGCCCUGGUCAGGAACCUUCACCAUGGACAUAACUCAAGUAGACUACAAUGAGAAAGAGGAGAUAAAAGGCCUCAUCCAGGAGCAGCUUAACUCCUUGUCUAAUGAUAUGAAGAGUGUGCUACUGGAUCCAGAAUUGAGUCUGUUACAGCGAUGCCUCCUGGUCUCACGGUUGUUUGGGGAUGAGUCAGACCUGCACUUCUGGACAGUGGCAUCCCACUACCUCCAAUCAUUCGCCCAAGCUCGUCAGCUCAGUGUGUCCACUGCAGAGGGGCAAGUCCAAGGUGAAGGAACCCUGUUGUCAGCUCACAACCACCUCGACAUCUGCAACGACAUCCUGUGUGAAAGCUCUUACUUCCAGAAGUUCCAGCUGGAUCGAGUUCACCUACAGGAGGUGAAGCGCUCCAGUUAUGAACACACUAAAAAGUGUGCGGACCAGCUCCUCCUGCUGGGUCAGACGGACAGGGCUGUGCAAUUACUACUGGAAACAAGCGCGGACAACUCCAGCUACUACUGUGACUCACUCAAGGCUUGCUUAGUGACCACCAUCACCUCCUCAGGCCCCUCACAGUCCACCAUCAAACUAGUGGCCACCAACAUGAUCGCUAAUGGCAAGCUAGCAGAGGGAGUACAGCUGCUGUGUUUGAUUGACAAGGCAGCCGACGCUUGCCGCUACUUGCAGACCUACGGGGAGUGGAACCGAGCUGCCUGGCUGGCAAAGGUGCGUCUGAACCCGGCAGAGGGCUCAGAUGUACUGAAGCGUUGGGCAGAGCACCUGUGCUCCCCGCAGGUCAACCAGAAGUCCAAAGCCAUCCUGGUGCUGCUUUCAUUGGGCUGUUUUUACAAAGUAGGAGAGAUGCUCCACAGUAUGAGAUACUUUGAUCGUGCUGCCCUUUUUGUUGAAGCCUGUCUGAAGUAUGGAGUGAUGGAGGCCAAUGACUCGUCCAAUAAACUCAUCGAGGCUGCAUUUUUGGACUAUGCACGGCUUCUGCGCUCGCUGGGCCUUCGCGAGGGUGCUGCUCUGUGGGCAUCACGGGCCGGCAGUGCUGGGGAGCUGCUGAUGGAGGAGCUGUUCCAGGGAGAGGGAGGUGUUCCAGAAGCCAUUAUUGGCGAAGAAGUGAAGUCGGGCCAGGAGAACACAGAGUGACCUCAAGGGCAGGUGCUUUGAAACAGAUAGGUGGACUAUUUUGGUGCAAAUCAAGCAUCAGCCAGUCAAUUGAAAUAAGUCAAGUAAAUUCACAUUUGUAAAGUAACUUUGUGUCGGGCAUCCUUGGGAACCUUGGUCAGCAUCUCCACAUCAAAAGAAAGAGGUAUGUGGAGUUAUUAGUCGGUGACUAAUGUCCGUCUGUCUGUCUGUGACUAUACUGAGUUUAUCAUUGUUUGGUAUGACCAGCGUGAGUUAGUGUGCAUACUGUAUGUGUAUGCAUAUCACAGCCCUAAAAGAAACGUACGUGUAUCCUUGUUCCCCUCAAACAUGAAGUAAUACACAUUGUUGUCAUUCACUUUGCUGUUGACAUGCGAUUUUUGCCGGUUAAUGAAUUUAGCUGCAUUAAUUUUUUAAUGGUUGCUUGUUAACAUUUAGUUUGCGUGCCUAUAUUAAUAAUUGCAAAUUUACAGUUGCAGCUCUACAGGGUUUUAUUUGCCUUUUUUAAUUUAAAUCAAAUAAAUAUGUUCACUAUUUGAUUUUGCACUGCCAUCACAAUGGGCCUCCAUAACCACUCCAUGCUUAUUCUGGGACUGAAUUCCAUCAUUAGAUUUUGUUUGUAUCUUGAAUUUAACCUAAAACUUGUCAAUAUGAAUGAUAAUCCAAGAGACACACACCAGACUGGAUGUUUCCACCACAGCAGAUGAUGCUUUUAAAGAAAGCCUCUCCAGAUGCCACUAUGGGAUGGAAGUAAAGAUUCUUAGCCAGGCCCACCUUAGCCAGCUCAUUUAUAUACAAACAACAUUAUAGAAAACAGUGGAAGUUUGUGAGGUUGUUCAUCACAUUUCCAAAAUCUGACACACAGUUUCAGAAGUAGUUGAGGUUUCCCCAUUAUGACACAUUAAAAAGCUGUCUACUACUGAUAGUGCAUAUCAUCUGUACAACAAUGCAACAGCUUUAAUGUUUUGGGUUUUUUUCUGUUGUCCUGAGUGAAAUGGGACACCAACUCCAUCCACAGGACUUUAAGUGUGUUAUUGUGUUUCAUAAACACGUCAGUGCUUGUUUUUCUCCCGUGUCGCAUUUUAACCCGGAUAUUUUUCGCUUCGGCAAGCAGGCCUAUCUCUCUGGACUACAUGUCGAUCCUGUAGAUCCAUUUCACAGUGUUCCGCUGACAUAGUGUAGGAUCACGUAGAGCCAGCAAAGGAUCCCAGCAGAUAAUCAAAAAUAGUUGAUCUGGUGCUGUGUAUUUUUCUCUAAUGUUGUGAUGCAGUAGUGUGGACUGUUUGAUUAUCACUUGCUGGUUUUCUUUGUACAACAUGACGUGAGUAUUGAGGUUUAAAGUACAGGCAUGUUAGACGAGUGAGAAGAAGACAUUCCAUACACAGUAUGUUUUGUAAGAAGACGACAAGUAAUUGUGAUGGUGUCAGUGCUUAGUCUCCUUUCAUUGUUUUGUUUUUGUUUACACGGUGAUCUUGAUGUCUUAAGAUAUACAAAUAUUUCAAGAGAAGAAAGUAUAUGUAUAUAUGGAAUGCAAUAAAGUCAAUAUAAUUAUA